CAAAAGCUGACAAAACAAAGGCACCCAAGCGUGCUGUAUUGUAUCAACCUGCUCCCUUCUCCUUGGCCCUUGCGCUCCAAGCAUGGCUACCGUAUCCAUGGAGAGAUCCCCCUCUACUCCAUCACCACGGGUAGUCGAGUAUGAUAUAUCUCUUUCACCCCAUUCCCUUUAGGCCCUUUUGAUGCCUCAAAGGCAGGUAGAGGUCUCUCCAUUGCUCUCCUUCAGUCUCCUCUGCUCCAUUGCUAGUCUCCAGUCUCCACUCCACUCCCUCAUCUUCUCCAAGUCUUCUCCUUCCCCGCUUUGCCACCGUUUUGUUGAACCACCCUCUCAACCAAUCCAAGCAAAACCAGCACCACCAUAGCCAUUGCCGUUGCCAAGCCCCCUCCUCUUCUUAACCUCCAUGUAUGCUGCAUGCUACGGCAUCAGCACGCCUCGCCACUCACCUCCACCGCCAUGGCCGGCAAUGGCGCACCUCGCCUCCUUCUACGGUUCCCUACUGCUGCCACCUCGUUGCCGCUGCUGCAACUAGGCGUGCUGCUAAAACUGCUAUGCCUCGCCUCGGCGCUGAACCAGGACGGCAUCCUGCUCCUCUCCUUCAAGCUCUCGCUCGCCGCCGACCCGCUCGGCUCCCUCUCCGGCUGGGGCAACGCCGACGCCACGCCCUGCGCGUGGAACGGCGUCGUCUGCGCGCCGGACUCGCGGGUCGUCAGCGUCGUCCUCCCCAACGCCCAGCUCGUCGGCCCAGUGGCCAAGGACCUCGGCCUCAUCGAGCACCUUCGCCACCUCGAUCUCUCCGGGAACGCGCUCAACGGCACCAUCCCGCCCGAGCUGCUCCGCGCGCCGGAGCUCCGAGUGCUCUCGCUCGCCGGCAACGGCAUCACAGGCGACCUGCCGGAGCAGGUCGGCCAGCUGCUCAGCCUCCGCGCGCUCAACCUCGCAGGCAACGCGCUCUCCGGCGCCGUCCCGCAGAACCUCACCCUGCUCCCGAACCUCACGGCCGUCUCGCUCGCCAACAACUUCUUCUCCGGUGCGCUCCCCGGCGGGGGUUUCCCGGCGCUUCAGAUACUCGAUGUCAGCGCCAACCUUCUCAACGGCACGCUCCCGUCGAACUUCGGCGGCGCCGCACUGCGGUACGUCAACCUGUCGUCCAACCGCAUCGCCGGCGCCAUACCGCCGGAGAUGGCGUCGAACCUGCCGACCAAUGUCACAAUCGACCUGUCCUACAACAACCUCACCGGCGCCAUCCCGGCGGUGCCGCCGUUCUUGGCGCAGAGGCCCACAGCGUUCGAGGGGAACGCCGAGCUCUGCGGGAAGCCGCUAGACAGCCUCUGCGCCUUCACGUCAUCCUCCGCCGUGGAACCCCCGAACGGCACCGCGAAGUCGCCACCGGCCAUCGCGGCGAUACCCAGGGACCCGACCGAGGCGCUCCCUGGCGAUGACACCGGCAGUGCCACCGCCGGAGGACCGGCGUCGGGCGAGCAGCGCGGCAGGAUGCGGCUUGCUACCAUCGUCGCCAUCGCCGCUGGCGACGUGGGCGGCAUCGCCGUCCUCUUCGUGGUGGUCCUGUACGUGUACCAGGUGAGGAAGAGGAGGCAGCGUCAGGAGGCGGCGAAGCAGAGGAUGGGCGUCGUGUUCAAGAAGCCGGAGCCGGACGAGUCGCCCGACGCCGUCGGCCGGAGCCUGUCCUGCUGCCUGCGCAAGAACUCCGGCAACGAGAGCGACGACACGGAGGAGAUCACGGACACGUCGGCCUCCUUCGCCGCCAAGGAAGGUGUCACACUCACAGAUAAGAACAGCAAGGCGGCGGGAGGAGGUGAAGCGGCGAGCAAGAAGGGUGGCGACGGGGCGGUGCUGGUGACGGUGGACGGCGGCGCGGAGCUGGAGCUGGAGACGCUGCUGAAGGCCUCGGCGUACAUCCUGGGCGCGUCCGGCGGCAGCAUCGUGUACAAGGCCGUGCUGGCCGACGGCGCGGCGCUGGCGGUGCGGAGGAUCGGCAGCGACGACGCCGGCGUUCGGCGGUUCAGCGAGCUGGACGCGCAGAUGCGCGCCGUGGCCAGGCUGCGGCACGGCAACAUCCUCCGGCUGCGCGGCUUCUACUGGGGCCCCGAUGAGAUGCUCAUCAUCCACGACUUCGCCGUCAACGGCAACCUCGCCAACCUCUCCGUCAAAAGGAAGCCGGGGUCGUCGCCGAUCAAGCUCGGGUGGAGCGCGCGGCUGCGCAUCGCGCGCGGCGUCGCGAGGGGCCUCGCGUACCUGCACGACAAGAAGUGGGUGCACGGCAACGUGAAGCCAAGCAACAUCCUGCUGGACGUGGACAUGGAGCCGCUGCUCGCCGACCUCGGCGUCGACCGGCUGGUCCGCGGCGCGGGCGGCGGGCAAAGGCCGGCGCCGUCGUCGGCGGCGGCGCUGGCGGGUCGGUUAGGGAGCAAGCGCUCGGCGAAGAGCCUCCCGGACCUGUCGCCGCCACCCAACCACGCGGGGGGCGGGCCGCCGGCGAGCCCACUCGCCGGAGGCGCUAACGCCUGCGCCGACACGGCGGCGCACUACCGGGCGCCGGAGGCCGCGAGGAGCCCGAAGGCGAGCGCCAAGUGGGACGUGUACGCCUUCGGCGUGCUGCUCCUGGAGCUGGUUGCCGGGCGCGCGCUGACGGGCGUGGAGCUGUGCCAGUGCGCGGCGGACGGGAAGGCGCAAGCGCAGGCGCUCCGGCUGGCGGACCCGGCGCUCCGCGGCGAGGUGGAAGGCCGGGAGGAGGUGGUGGCGAGCUGCCUCCGGCUCGGCGCCGCCUGCUGCGCCAUGGCGCCGGGCAAGAGGCCGUCCAUUAGGGACGCGCUGCAGGCCAUCGAGAGGAUACCUGCCCUGGUCGCUUCUUCCUCCUGCUCCACGGCGGCGCAUCAGUGAAGAGAUCUUUGGUUGUGACGGUUGUGAAUUGUGAUCUGUGAAGGCGAGAGAAUGGUCGUUGUUGAUGCUUGUGUUCUUCCUCCUCUCCUCUGUACCAUACCAUCCAUCAUUCACGGUUUUGUAAGCCCCAGUUUCUGAAAGGAAUUGGUUUGCAUGCUGAUUGCAUCUCAUUCAGACUACGAAUCUACGAUGGCAUGCAGUUCA